UAACACCAGCACUGGCAACCUUGCAACUACAGCUAUUAACAGCAACAACAAUAACAACAACAGCACAACCACUGCCGACACUGGCUGCACUACAACCAAGACAGCCACCACCAUCAACAGCAGCAGUACCACAACCACGAACACAGCAACAACCAUACCACUGUUACCACUACAACCUCUACUGCAACAGUAACAACAACAGCAACACCACAGCUACGAACACGGGCACCACUAACACCCAUACCUACACCGCCACCGCCGCCACCACAACAACAAUAGCAACACCAUCACCAUCACGACAACGACCGAUACCACCAGCAACUCUAGGGCUACCACCGCCACUACCAACAGGAAGAACGCCACCACCACCGGCACUAGAAGCCAGGAUGCUACAUAAGAAUGUUGUGGAAGAGAACGACAGCGGAAUGGUUGACCAUCAUCUCCCUUCACGAACUAAGUUACCACACUGGACACGGUUAAACACUUUGGACACGACCAGGUACCCACGAUACUUUGAGAAAGACAAACAGGCGUACCCAAACGAACAGGUUGCGUCCAGACGAAAAUCAACGCCAAUCAGCGAGGAUGAAAAGCCCGGCAAUAAUAAAGAAGAUGAAGUUCAUGGGAAGAGAAAAGGGGCCGCUGGUUCGCAAGACGAGGACUCGAACCGACGGCUGCAGUAUCUGGAGAGAAGCAUGGAGAUGUUAAAGAAACAACACUGUGAAAUUUUACAAAGUCUGCACCAGGAAAUCGAUGAUUUGAAACGACAGAACAAAGAUCUGAAUUUCAAGAUUAUCAUGUCACAAAGAGACUCAAAGUCUUCGCUUGCCUCCGACGUCAUGGUCACCGACAGUGACGGUGGCAAAGAUGGCAAAACAGUUCCGACGGAAGAACAGAGAAGAGGAACGGAAGAAAGAACGGGCGGUGACGACAAACACGGUGACGAUAAUGUUGAUGAUGAUGAUGAUGAUGAUGAUGAGUAUGAUGGCCAGAGAAGACUAAAUGUGCCGAGUGCGGAUCAGCGAGAGGGUCAGGACGUCGAGGGUGGGACCGUGGGCAAACGCAGCGACCUCAGUGACCUGAGUCGUCUUGGCGACCUGAGUCGAGAAGGCGGGGUUCAGAAGACACAGAACAGGGAGCUGAAACUGGAUAAAGAGGAGAAGUUAGACGAAGUGAAGAUCUUGUUGUUGGAGGAGGAAUUGAGGAAGCAUCAACAGAGGAAUUCUUGCCUCGGACAACUUCUGGAACAAUCCGAAGAACACAGAAGAGAUCAAAUUAUGACGAUAGAUUCCCUGCGAUACCAACUCGCCCAGAUUGGUGCCAAGUUCUGCAACGACGUGAAGUACGCUGGCCACCACCAUUCGGGAAUGCAUUCCUACGUCACCGCGAACCACCACAUGAACCAACACAUGUCCAUGCUGGAGCUACAGAACAUUAUCAAAAACCUGCAGGAGAUCAACGACAGCCAAUCGCACGAGCUCGAAGCCCUAAAGUCUGACCUCAGGGAUGUCUUAUACUCACACAAGUGGACCCCGGAUGCCUACCUCAUAGCUAAGGCGUAUAUCGCUUUCGAUGAUGCUAAGGCAGCUCAGAAGGACCACAGUAAACCUUUAAGGUCGACACCUAAAAUGCUCUCAAAGAAGGAGCUGGAGGAUCGUGGAGCUGCCGCUGUCGCCGACAACCUCACACUCCCUCCGCUGAAGCAGACGGUAGGCAACGCCGCAGUGGAACGACGGAAGCGAACUCGGACCCUGCAGAAACGGAGGAUGAAAGACAGGGAAAUGAUGUUUUGAAAAGAAGCAAGCAUUCUCUGGACACCCCCCCCCCCCCACCCCCGGGACACCCCUUCCUUGCCCCCUACCUCUGCACAACUUGCACUCACGACCACACCCCCACUCUCCCGCCCAACCCACUGUAACCCGUUCUGCCCCGCUGUCACCGUUUCCAAAGACCUGGACUGCUCUGCAGCCUCUUCUACUUUCACUUUCACAAUCAUCAUCAUCAUCAGUAAUAAUGGGCAUCAUCGUUGUCGAUAUCGUCCUUCGUUUCUUUUGUCUUUCUUUCUUUCUUUUCCUCUUCUCUUUCAGGUGACCAUGUGGUGGUGGCGGCGGCAGCGGAGAUGGCAAGACGAACAAAGGGGAAGUUCCUUUUUCCACAUACACACACACACACAUACGCACAGACACACACGCACAGACAUAUACACAUAUAUAUG